UCAAUGAAGUUCAAUACUCAUCCCACACCCAAACAAAAAGAAACAUUCUUAUUCGUCUUCUUUUACCUCUUUCUUUGUUUGUAAGAAAGCAAGCCCUAUCGUGUUGUAACUUGCAAUAUCUUGCAUUUUAUUUAUACAUCACUCAUUGAAAUCAUAAUUUUUUUGUACCAUUUUGUGGCAAAUGUUGGGUACUUUAUGCGAAAACCAGUUUGAUCAUUCUCUUCCUUCCUAUCAAUCAUUGUUUUUGCUUUGUGUAAAUAACUUGUAUUCCCAAAUUUUAGUUGUUUAGCAUUGAAUCCUCUUCUGGGUCUGUGCCUUUGUGCUUUGCUUUCUUCUUCUGUAUUCUUAAUAGUUCGAUUUCGGUGCAGUCUUUGAUUCUGUUCUUUCUGCUCCCCCAGUCUCUGUUUUGCUUAGUUUAUAUUUGAUUCUGUUUUCCAGAUCGCUUGUUUAAACAAAAAAAAUUGUUUAUUGGCUAGUAAAGAAGAAUAGUUUCUUCCAAGUUUAGAACUUGGGUCGAUAUUUUCAAGCUUCAGCAGCUGAAAGUAUCCAACUUUAGCAUCAAACCCAUCUGUUAAAGCCACUACUUUGCUUCAAAACCAGUUUUCAACUCGUACCCUCCUUCUUUUAAGCUCCAAGAGCAAGUCUCUACAAGUGUUUUGCUGAAGGGUUUUAUGGGGUUGUUGAAAGCUGUGGGCUUUAGAGGCCUUACUGUUGCCUUGUUGUUCUUCAAUCUGCUUGUGGGUUUAGCGGUUGGCAUUGGAGUGAACUGGGGAACUCAGUUAACACACCCUCUCCCACCAGCAAGAGUGGUGAAGAUGUUAAAGGACAACGGGAUUCAAAAGGUUAAGCUUUUCGAUGCCGAUUCUUCGAUAUUGAAUGCUCUGAGCAAGUCUGGGAUUCAGGUAAUGGUAGGAAUUCCCAAUGAAAUGCUCAAUGCUUUGGCUAAUAGUGUGCAAGCAGCUGAGAAUUGGGUUUCCAAGAAUGUCUCCUCACAUGUCUCCAAUGGUGUAGAUAUUAGGUAUGCUGCAGUGGGAAAUGAACCAUUGUUGUCAACGUACAAUGGAACCUUUCUUCCAACAAUAUUUCCUGCCCUUCAGAAUGUCCAGUCAGCUCUCAUAAAAGCUGGUGUGAGCAAUCAGGUUAAGGUCACUAUUCCCCUCAACGCCGAUGUCUAUGACAGCAGUGGCUCGGAUAUGCCUUCUAAUGGUGACUUCCGACCAGACACCAAGGAUCUCAUGGUGGAAAUCGUCAAGUUCUUGAGUGACAACGGCGCUGCAUUCACAGUCAAUAUCUAUCCCUUCAUAAGCCUCUACAAUGAUGCCAACUUCCCUGCUGACUAUGCCUUUUUCAAUGGAUACUCAAGUUCCAUUAAUGACAACGGAAAAAUUUACAACAACGUAUUUGAUGCAAACCAUGACACCCUUGUAUGGGCCUUGCAGAAAAAUGGAUUUGGAAACUUGUCCAUUAUAGUAGGAGAGAUCGGUUGGCCUACAGAUGGGGACAGAAAUGCAAACUUACAGUAUGCUCAAAGGUUCAAUCAGGGGUUUAUGUCCCAUAUCAAGAACAAUGCAGGCACCCCAAUGAGACCUGGCCCUGUAGAUGCCUACUUAUUUAGCCUUGUUGAUGAAGAUGCCAAGAGCAUUCAGCCAGGUAACUUUGAACGCCAUUGGGGGCUAUUUUACCUUGAUGGAACACCUAAAUAUCAGCUCAGUCUAGGCACGACAAGCUCAAAUGGAUUAGUAGCAGCAAGCGGCAUACAAUAUCUGGACAAGAAAUGGUGUGUUAUGUCACCGUCGGCGAGUCUUGACGAUCCACAAGUGGCACUAAGUGUGAGCUAUGCUUGUGCAAAUGCUGACUGCACCAGUCUUGGAUAUGGAACUUCAUGUGGAAAUUUGGAUAUUCGUGGAAACAUUUCCUAUGCAUUUAACAGUUACUAUCAGAUAAAUAAUCAACUGGACACUGCCUGUAAGUUUCCAAACCUUUCGGUCAUCACCACGAGUGAUCCAUCAUCUGGAGACUGCAAGUUUAGGAUCAUGAUCCGAUCAUCUUCUUCAUCUGCUUUGAAUGCCGGAGCUGGUUCUGUUGAAAAGCCUAGUUGUUUAAUUCUUUUUGUGUUAGUGUGUGUGUUCGUCUUUACACUGCUGUGAUUUUUAAGGCUUUUUUUGUACAUUAUUAGUCUCAAAUAAUGUAUUCACUACGCAAGGUUUUCAAGCAUUGUUUGGGCUGUGUGAGCUUGAUCUGUAUAUGGGAAGUAAAUAUUUACAGAGACAGCAAGUUUGGACUUGGACAAUUUAUAUACGCCAAUUUCUUUAUUCA